GGGCGAGGGGCGGGGCCAUGGCGGCGGAGGCGGCGGAGCGGCAGCUGGAGCUGCUGCGGGAGGAGCGGGAGGCCGAGCUCGCCGAGAGCAGGACAUGGCAGGAAAGCAUCUCCCUGAAGGAACUGCAGCGCAGAGGCGUCUGCUUGCUAAAACUCCAAGCUGCCAACCAGAGAACGGGCCUCUAUGGACGGCUGCUCGUGACAUUUCAGCCAAGAAAAUACGAUUCAGACGCUGAGCUGCCCUAUAACAGUUUUGGGCCCGGGGACAUAGUGGGCCUUUAUGAUUCAGCUGGCCAGGGUGAUCCACUCUCCACCGGCAUCGUAACACGGGUCACCUCCAAAGCAGUGACUGUUGCCUUUGAGGAAUCUCGAGAUGGCAUGCUGAGCUUGGACCGAGAGAGCUCUUAUCGCCUGCUGAAAUUAGCCAACGAUGUCACCUACAACAGGCUAAAAAAGGCUUUAAAUGCACUGAAGCAGCAUCACAGCGGUCCAGCCUCUGAUCUGAUCAACGUCCUCUUCUUUUCUUCUGAUCCAAGUGCAUUCAGUGAAACAACGCCUCUAAAGCUUUACAACAACUCGCUGGAUGCUUCGCAGAGGGAGGCCGUCUCCUUCUCGCUGGCACAGAGGGAGCUUGCCAUCAUCCACGGACCACCUGGCACAGGGAAGACCACAACUCUAGUGGAGAUCAUCUUGCAAGCUGUACAGCAAGGCCUGAAAGUCCUGUGCUGUGCCCCUUCCAACGUUGCGGUGGAUAACCUGGUGGAAAGGCUGGCUGGCUACAAAGCCCGCAUCCUGCGGCUCGGGCACCCUGCUCGCCUGCUGGAGCCCAUCCAACAGCAUUCCUUGGACGCAGUCUUGGCCCGUGGCGACAACGCCCAGAUAGUGGCGGAUAUCAGGAAGGACAUCGACCAGGCCUUUGCAAAAACCAAAAAGGCUCAAGACAAGGGAGAGCGGAGCCAUUUUCUCAGUGAGAUUAAGGCACUGAGAAAGGAGCUGAAGGAACGAGAAGAAACGGCCAUGGCUGCAGCCCUUACCCAUGCCAGUGUUAUCCUUGCUACAAAUACAGGUGCUUCCUCUGAUGGCCCACUGAAGCUGCUUCCUGAAAACCACUUUGAUCUGGUGGUGAUAGAUGAGUGUGCUCAGGCCCUGGAAGCCAGCUGCUGGAUACCUCUGCUGAAGGCUCGGAAGUGCAUCCUGGCCGGGGAUCACAAACAGCUUCCCCCCACCAUCAUCUCUCACAAGGCUGCUGCCAAGGGCCUUUCGCUCAGCUUGAUGGAGCGUCUCAUCGAGAGGUACGGGGAGAAGAUUGUGAAGAUGCUGACGGUGCAGUACCGGAUGCACCAGGCCAUCAUGCAGUGGGCUUCCUUGGAGAUGUACAGCGGCCGGCUCACUGCUCACCCAUCGGUAGCCCAGCAUUUGCUCAAGGACCUGCCGGGUGUCACCUCUACAGAAGAGACCGCGAUUCCCUUAUUGCUUAUAGACACUGCUGGCUGUGGCCUGUUUGAGCUGGAAGUGGAAGAUGAACAGUCUAAGGGGAAUCCAGGGGAGGUGGAGCUGGCUGGUUUGCACAUCCAAGCCUUGGUGGAAGCUGGUGUGAAGGCUCAAGACAUCGCUGUCGUAGCCCCCUACAACCUCCAGGUGGACAUGCUAAGAGAGCACCUUUGCCACAGGUACCCAGAACUGGAAAUUAAAUCAGUUGAUGGUUUCCAAGGAAGAGAGAAAGAGGCGGUGAUCCUGUCAUUUGUGAGAUCCAACAGGAAAGGUGAGGUGGGCUUUCUUGCAGAAGACCGGCGGAUAAACGUAGCGGUGACCCGUGCCCGGCGCCACGUGGCUGUCAUCUGCGACACCCGCACCGUCAGCAACCAAGCCUUUCUGAAGCGGCUGGUGGAUUAUUUCAGCCAGCACGGGGAGGUGCACACAGCCUUCGAGUACCUCGACAACCUCGUGCCUGAAAACUACACGCAGGAAGGCCGCAGCGAGCGACAAGGUGCAAAGCUCCCCGCAGCACCUGGCCCCAAACCGCAGCUGCCUCCGGGGAGGAAACUCAAAGCAGCAGCGACCAAACCAGCGUGUCCGAAGCCAGGAGCGUGUUUCUCCCCAAACACAAGCGGACCUGGGGGACAGAGCCCGGGGACAAAAGACGGUGCCGACAGAUUCAAGGCCAUGCUGGUGGCCUUCCUGGAGAGCAGCGAGCUGCAGUUGGAUUUCCCCCCGUCCCUCAGUUCUCACGAUCGGAUGCUGGUUCACCUAAUGGCGGAGGAGCACGGGCUGCAGCACGUGAGCACCGGGGAAGGGAGGAACCGGUACAUCAGCGUUCGCAAGAAAGAGCCUGCCGAGCCUUCGCUACCCGCAGCCGCCCCCCCUAGCAAGGAGCUCCCCCUUCCUCAGCCGCAACGUCCCAGCAGGGAAACUCCUGUCCCUGCUGAGCCAGGAGGAAGCAGCAAGGGCUCAGGGAAAGUGGACCUGAAAACCCUGCACCUGGAGAGAGUUCAGAGGGAGAAAGCCAGACGGGAGGAGGCCAGUGCCGGCCCUCAGGGCAGCAGCAGGAAAAAAGACAAAAGCGAAGCCAAAGGAAAGCCAGCAGUUAAGAGCGGAGCAGGCAAGGCGGCAGAAGAAGAUAUCGACGCUCUGAUUUCUGCUGCCAUUAAAGCUGACAACACCUGCGGCUUCCCUCGCUGCAAAGCCAGCAUUAGAACCCUGGGACAGCUUUGCCUCCACUGCAACAGGCAGUACUGCCUCAGCCAUCACAUCCCAGAGGUUCACGGCUGCGGGGAGAAGGCCAAGGCCCACGCGCGGCAGAGGAUCAGCAGAGAAGGGGUUCUCUAUCCCGGGAGCGGCUCCAAAGACAAGUCCCUGGACCCGGCCAAGAGAGCCCAUCUCCAGCGGUGCCUCGACAAGAAGCUCAGCGAACUGACCAGCCAGAGAAAGAGCAAAAAGAAAGACAAGGAGAAAUGAAGGACCUGAAUGCUUCUUUAACCUUGAAGUCACAGGUCAGACUACCUAAACCAAAGAUGCAAUUAAAGCCACGGGGCUGUGCUGAGCCCGAGAGGAAAACAGGAGCUCUCAUUUUGGGUGGUAGACAGCUUGGAGCCAGUGUGCCUGAGUAAAUAGUUGCUGAGCCUCCUAAACCGCAGAGCUGAGACAGAGGAAGGAGAGCAGCUCGAUUUGUCCCAUUAUUGACAAAGUAAUGGGUGUACGCAGAGAGGCUGGAGAAUGCCAAUAAAGACGGAUAUUAAAACACCUAAAGCCA